UUCUCAUUUCACUUCAAUUUCAUCUCUCUCUCUCUCUCUCUCUCUCUCUCUCUCUCUCAACGAAGAAAAUGGCUGCGAAAGGGAAGGAUCUUAGCCAACAGCUCGAGGAACUCAUCAGCUCCUUGCAAGAACAAGGCAUUUUGACCGACUACUUUGACGACAUAAAAGAGUUACAAGAUGAAAUCAACCCUCGCUUCGUUGACGAAAUUAUCACCAUCUUCCUUCGUGUAGCUGAAGAUUACAGAGCCGAACUCACAAGAAAUCUGAGUGAGCCUGAUGUCAACUAUCCUGAGGUGAAUAAACUCGCAAUCAGGUUUAAAAGUAGUAGCACCAGGUAAUUGCCAAUUAUUUUCUUUUUUU